AUGUUCAUCUUUAUCAAACAUGGAGAUAAUCAGCAGUUUCUGGCCAAUGCUAACUGUUCUGUCCUUCUGCUGCUGCAUUAUGUCCGCCGUCAAGUGGGGUUGCCUAAAACAGAAACCAUCGAUUUAUGCGAUGAAGCGGGGACAAUGAAGUUGUUUUUUCUGAUGAAGACUCCUGGAGACUAUGCCAACAAAUUCCUUACAGCUCGAAACACCUACUACGUUUGUAAGGUGGAGCGUGGGGCGCCAGGAACUAGAGUUGAGAGUGCCUACAAAGCAUUUGUUCCCCUCCUGAAGAACCCAGAACCCGAGCUUAUUGAUGCCUUGCGUACACAAUGUGACCUCCUGGAGAGGAGUCGAGUGAAAAUGCUUAGAAUCCAAGAAGCCAAGAAAGUCAUUCCAAUUGAUUCCUCUGUGAACCUCACAUCCAAAUCAGCAGGGCGAUCAGAUGAUGAGGGGACCACUCGCAGGGCUCCCGUCUUGAAGACCAAAGCGGACUUUGUCAGUAGGAAGGAUAAACAUCGCUAA